AUGGGAGCAUGUCUCUCUUGCUUGGGCCUGCGCCGUCACACUCACGACGAUGCUGACCACUCUCGCCUGUUGUACGAUGACUUGACAGGCGCUCACAGCUAUGGGACCUGGGGCGCAUCGAGCGCCCCCUCUCAGAACGUUAUGAGCCCUGAGGAAGUCCAGCGCGAACAAGAAGCUCUCGAUAAUAUCACCAGAUGGGCGAGCGACCAAAUUGUCGAAAUAUUUCCACAUCAACACAGAAGUCUCACUAUGUCCUCCUCUCAGAUCAACGGACAGACCGAGAGCACCGCGUCCUCCUCGCAUCACGAUAUUCUUCUUUCCCUGAUACCGGGCGACAAAUCGAAGCGAUCAAUUCGAAUCUAUCCUGCGUCCCGACCUACAUCGAAAGAUGCCCAGUCAUUAAGAAGCAAGAGCUCGUUCGCUGCCGGCAUCAAUGGCAUUCAUAAGAAUCAAGAUUCUUCGGUGCUUGUCAAACUCGACGUCAAUUUGCGCUGA